UAUGAAAAUGUUUACACUUACACAGACCAAAAAUGUGUACAUUUGGAGUUGUUCAUGGAUGAGGAAUUUGAACAAAAUGGAGUCGGAAAGAUGUGAAUUGCGUUCUUAAAUAAACAUGAGCACCACACCAAAGGUUUCAACGUCCUCAACUGCAAGCAGCAGAAAUGGGCCAAGGGUUUAUAAAAUAGUGAUUUUAGGAGAAGGUGGAGUAGGUAAAAGUGCCCUUGUGAUUCAGUUUGUCAGUCACCGGUUCACAGAUUAUCAUGAUCCAACAAUUGAGGACUCCUAUCAACAGCAGGCCCGUAUUGAUGGAGAGCCAGCACAACUGGAUAUCCUGGACACUGCUGGACAGUUGGAGUUUACAACAGUGCGAGAGCAGUACAUGCGUCACGGGGAGGGGUUCAUCCUGUGCUAUUCAAUAACAGACCGUCGGAGCUUUGACGAGCUCCUUGCACACAAGAAUCUGAUUGACAGGGUCAGAUGUAACGAGAAUACGCCUAUCAUAGUUGCUGGGAACAAGUGUGACUUGGAACAAAAACGCAAGGUAUCUACGGAAGAAGGUCGACGACUAGCAGAGCAGUUGGGCGCACCAUUUUUUGAGACGUCGGCAGUUAAUCGCCAGUGCGUUGACGACGUGUUUCACGGCAUAGUGAGAGAAGUCCGUCAGAAAGAGUACGAUGAACUUGUGGAGAGCGAGAGACUUGCUAAGAAACGACUCAGAAAGAAGCGCAUGCACGCCUUAUUCAGUAGACUUAACAUUUUCAAGCGUAAAUCACCCACUGCCAGUAGUGGAGAUUAAUGAAAUGAUUUAUGUUCUUUCGUUUUAAAUUUAUUUAUUUGUUUCAGUUUUUUGUGUGAAUUAAUUCGUUAUUGGUAAAUUGUUAUUGAUAUUUUUCUCUGAGAUGGUAUUUUGUAAGAAUUGAGCUUUGAAAUGCAUUUAAGCCAUCUACCUAAACAAUUUUGUUUUAUGACCAUUGUAUAAUAUGUAAUAAGCAAGUAACAUUUCAGAGUGGUUCAAGAAAGUGGAGGAAUGGGGAAGCUUAAACUUAGUCUGGUCGUAUCAGUACAUGUUUUAGUCCUUUACCACUUAGAUAUGUAUUUUACGCAUUUGUAGUCCUAUAAAAAGUUAAAUUUAAUUAAAUACCUUUCUAACUAAAUUCAAGUUUUAAAGGCUUCAUUUCCAACCCUUAGAUACUGAUGAGCAGCAAACAGUAUAAAACCUGAACAAACUACGAGUUACUCGCAGGCUGUUCUGGUUUUAUGCUGUUUGCAUAUAGCCAUUUUCACUUUGCUUCUGAGUGGGAAAGGGUUAAGUUUUGUCUUACAGACUUACAUAUACUGGUAUAUGAUUGUAGUUUUGUAAGCUGUUUUUUCUAUAUUGGUUUGUUUUCCUGUACAUAACCAUAAUAGGUUAUUACUCUUGAAAUGUCAACAGGGCUUGCGCUGCCAUUCACCAAAUUAGCCAAAGGCUACAAAUUAGCAAAUUUGCCUCAAGAAAAUUGUAUUUGGCUACAAGAAUUUCUGCAUAAAACCGCCAUACUGAAAAUAAUUACUAUGUUUUAAGGUGGCUCAAGUAAACUUUCAGCCAGGGGGAGCCCCGGGCAAGAUGGCAUUAUGUAUAGCUUGCAUACUUAUUUGUGGAUUCCCUUUUUAGGUAAUGAAACAUGUUCAAUACCAGUUUGUGUUGUAUAAACUAUCUUGAAAGGUGCUUUUAGUUUAGAUAUUAAGAUGUGUUUGUUUUCUCAUUUUGAGGUCAUAUCAGAAAAUUGAAUACAUGUAUGAUUCACCAUGGCAGAGACGUAGAUAACCUUAUCUACCGGUACGUCUCUGACCAUGGUUUUAACUUUCUGAACUUUCAUUCAUUGCAUUCUAUGAUAACCCAAUAUGUAUACUUUUACUAUUUCACUUUGUAAUAAUAGUGUGUGGGCUAUAAGACGAUCUUAAUCAGGGCUAAACAUUAAUAUUUGUCCACUAGCCGAUCACGAUUUGUUUUCUUGUCAGGAAGAUUUAUUUUUAUGAUAAUUAAUUAUAAAAAAAACAAGAUUAUACUUGAAUGGUUCCAGGUUCAUUAUGCAUACAGAUGAUUAAGUUUCAUUUAUGUUAUAAUGCUUUUCAAUGAUGACAAUUUCAAGCAUAUUUCGUAACAAGAUUUCAAAGAAUGUUCCCAUUUAUUUAUACUUUCGUGUAAGGAAUAUCUAUCUUGCAAUUUGCAAGGUAGUUUUUUCUUUGUGAUUUUUAGUGGAACAAUGAUAAGUUAUGUUCUAUAAGACAUAAUCUUUUUAAUUCUGACAUGGAAAUAAGGUUUUGUUGUGUCUACCUUGUGUAGGACCUUGUUAUCAUUCUUUUGUUUUCAAUAAUGAUACACAAGUGUUUCCAAAACCAGAUAUUUGUUGUGCAAUAAUAAAGGUCAGUAGCCUUGUGAUAGAAAAGUUAUUGGCAUUUUUCUAUGCAACAAUAUUUAUCAGCUGUUGUUAAACACAGUUUCUAUUUUGUUUAACUGUUUAACACAAUAUUUUCAAACACACAAGUCUACACAAACUUAUAUUUUUUUGUGUUUUGAGAUAUUUUCGAAGAAAAAACAUUCCUGUCAUUCAUAAACACACUGAAUACAUAUAGCACCGUAAAUGUUUGUAAAUAACACCUGUAUAUCAUGACAAUGCCAAAACGCUAGCUAUUCUGAUGAGCCUAUAUGUCAGACUGUACAAUCUUAUCUCUUUCAGUGCUGGAACCAAAUUUUGAAGGCCUUUGCAAACAGUUUGGAUCUAGGUGAGACGCCACAGAACGUGGCGUCUCAUCAGGAUCCAAACUGUUUGCUAUUCUGAUAGUAUUCUUUGAAAAAAUCGAAGAAAAUGCUAAUUUUAGAAAUUCAGCAGAAGACAUUUUAGCAGACUACAAAUUUCCCAGCAUGCAAAGGGUUAUCCGAGACGACAAUUAGUGCACAUGCAUCCAGUCCGGUUUUCUCAGAGCACAGCUAAUAUUGGUUUUAUAUGAAGCAUCAGGUUAUUUAUGUUCUAAUUGCAGCCAAAUCAUGUUCGAAUAGUGUCCUGAUUUGCUGAUGCUAACUUUUUUUAAUGUUCCAAACAUCUAGUUAACAAAAAACAACCAAAAUUAUGCAAUUUUAAAUUAAUGAAUGUCGUAGUGAAUAGGUGAAAAACUUAUUAAACAUUUAGAUAAUUUAGUUAUGUCUGGCGACUUUCAAUGACAAAUUCAACAACAUCAAAGCUUAAUUUAUGUUUUUCUAUAAUACAUGCAUAAUAAUUUAAAACCACCAGCAACAUUUUACAUGUAUUUGAUGGAAUAUGAUUACAUGGUGCUACUGUAUUUAAACAUAAUACAUAUGGAAAAACUCAUGUUUAAAUUGGUUCUAAAUAAUGUUUCCAUUUUUGUUUGACUGAACACAUAGCAUAAUUUAUAUUUACUUGUGACUGUGAUAAAAACAUCUAUAAUGUGGAACAGUUUCACAUAAUAAUGCUUCAUUUACUUCUUCCAGAUGGAUGGCUUUCGUGCAAUGACAUGGCAAUAAGUAACUUAAACACUUUUUCAUGCUUAAUUUGAUGUGUAGAUGUCAAUUUAUUACAAGUAUGAACAUUGUAAAGUGCUUUUGUAUAUUUGGAAUGAGUAGUUAUAUUUAGGUAUGAAGUUCAAGCAAAAUGUAGCAUUUAUAUUAAAUAGAAGAGUAAACUUCACAGCCUAAGUUAUUAUUUGCAGGAAUUAUUUGCAUCGUUCAGUGUCCUUUGUGCCUUAUUUGUACUUGAUAAAAGAUCAUUAGAGAGUGCUGAUGUUGUUGGUUCCAGACAUCAUCAUCAAUGUGGCUUGGCUGAUACUGCUUCUUGCUUAGGAUUCAUUCAUUUGAUUGUGCUGUACAGAACAUUGACCCAAUUCUUGUGCUCCCUAAUCUUUAAAAGGCAUGUUAUUAUUGCAUGGUUUAGUUUGGUUUGUUAUAUUCUAGACACUAUUUAUAAUAUUGUUGUCUUCAAUUUGUUUAGAUAACAGAUUGUACUUAAGUACUUUUGAAAAGUUUUACUAAAGUAAAUAGAUUUUACUGUUAAUUUUGCGGUGUGUAUUUUGCCUUAGAACUAGUUUAUACUUAUUUCAGUUAUUUUGUGUACAAAUACGUCGUAUUAUUUAAAACAUUUGUGAUAUUGAACAAUUUGGUGUUGUUUAUAUUAUUUUGAUAUUGAUUUAUUUUUGUGUAUAUUAAUUUUUAGCGAGGCUUUUUUCUGAGAAAACCCGAGGUAUUGUCAUAGCCUGCUCGUCGUCAGCCGUCCGCCGGUGUCGUGCUAAAACCUUUACAUUGGCUCUAAAAUCAAAGUGCUUCCACCUACAACUUUGAAACUCCAUAUGUAGAUGCACCUUGGAUGAGUUCUACAUGCCACACUCAUUUUGGGUCACUAGGUCAAAGGUCAAGGUCACUGUGACCUCUAAAAAAAAAAAAAUUCUGACAAGCUUUCUCAGCCGAGUGUGGCACCUGUUAUGUGGUGCUCUUGUUUGUGUUCUGUCAUGCAAGCCUAUAGUGAUGUCUAAAAUCAAAUAUUAUUUAUUACAUUUUUUAGGUUUAUUCUCACCAUUAACAAUACUUUAUAGUCCAAAAUUGUAUAUCUAACGCAGUCCUUAUUGGAACGAGUUUACUUUCUCUUAAAAUAGUUUGUACAGCACAUACUAUUAAUUUCGUUUCGAUAACACGAGUUCUAAACCUAACCAUGUCAAAAAACUUUUGUGGGGAUUUGGCAUGAGUCUUUAUUCCCCCUUCCAUUGAUGUAGGCAUGGCAUUUAUCAGUGACCAGUUAACGCACCAGUAUGUGCACUUUGUACAGGUGAACUCGGCUAAGCUUUGUAAGGAAGUGUUAAAUGACUGCUGUGUUAUGACUGAAAUUCUGUAUACAAAAAAAUCAUGUACUAAACAUAAUAGGUAAAAGCUAUUUUGUAUUUAAUCCAUUUUGUGAAGAUAUGGCCAGUAAAAUGACAGUUUAAAAUGGCAAAACUUUACUGAAAAUAAAUAAUCUGUGCAAUUCAUAUUGUGUGUUUUAAGUCCGAUAUAAAAUGAAAUGACUCAUUUCCUUGGGCAACGGUUCAGUGUUUUUUAAGUCACUUAUGUUACAGUAGUUAAUAUUAUAAUUAUUGUAGUAAACUUGUAAUAAAAACUUGUUGCAUUUCUGUUAGCUUUCAUCUUUCAUAGUUGUGCCUGUAGUUUCAUCACAUAUUCUCAGUUAGUUCAAAUUCUGUGGUAUAUCUGUCUAGUCAUUUCAGUAAAUUUAUUAAUUAAACAUUGAUUUACACAGUAUGCUAAUGUGCCUUUAUCAUGCAUAUAUUCUUAGAUGACCACAUUAUAUGUCGUUCAUUUAUGUUAGAUAUAAAAUAAAGAUUAAAAUACAA